GAUCUUCGAAAAUUUGGCGGCUCCGAUUGCGAUUUCUAUUGCAACCCCGCACCAUUCUGUGUACUUCUGCACCCUUGGCCGUCCACACUGCCGGAAAAAUGGCCAUUAGAGCAUGGUUCUCCAUUACCAGAACCUUAAACCAUCACUUCUUCCAUUCUCUCUCUUCACCAAAAACCCACCACUCCCGACUCUUCUCCUCUCAAACCAUCCUCCAAGAUCCAAACUCACUUUCUUCAUCACAAUACAUAAACGAAAUCUCUCGAAUUCUAAGCGAUUUUCGAGACCCCCACCACGACUUGGAACGUCCUCUCACUGCUUUCUCCCAAAAAAUAACACCGGGCCUAGUCGAGCAAGUGCUGAAAAGGUGCAAGAAUCUUGGGUUCUCUGCUCACAGGUUCUUUCUUUGGGCAAAAAGACUUCCGGGUUUUGAACAUAGCAAAGAGAGCUAUCACAUUCUUGUAGAUAUCCUGGGAAGUUCAAAACAAUUUCCAUUGAUUUGGGAUUUUCUUUCAGAUAUGAGAGAAACUCGAUGCUGUGAAAUUUGCCCCGAAAUUUUUUGGCUUAUUUUUAGGGCAUAUUGUAGAGCAAAUUUGCCCGGAGAUGCUAUUCGGGCUUUUCACCAAAUGGGUGAUUUUGGAGUUAAGGCUGGGGUUGGUGAUGUUGAUCAGCUUUUGUAUGUGUUAUGCAAAAGGAAGCAUGUGAAGCAAGCCCAAGAGUUUUUCGAUAAAGUUAAUGUUGAGGUUAUGCCGAAUGCGAAAACUUACAGCAUUUUAAUGAGAGGGUGGGGUGAUGUUGGUGAUUCUAGUGAAGCCCGUAAGUUGUUCGAAGAAAUGCGUGAGAGAGGGUGUGCGGUGGAUGUGGUUGCUUAUAAUAGUUUGUUGGAGGCUUUAUGUAAAGGAGGGAAUGUGGACGAAGCAUAUAAAUUAUUUCGGGAGAUGGGCUCAAAUGGACUUGCCCCAGAUGCUUGUUCAUAUUCAAUUUUUAUUCGAGCUUAUUGUGAAGUGAAUGAUAUUCAUUCAGCUUUUCAGGUUCUUGAUAGAAUGAGGAGGUACAAUCUUGUGCCUAACGUUUUUACUUACAAUUGUAUUGUCAAGAAGCUUUGUAAAAGUGAAAAGGUGGAUGAGGCUUACCAGCUUCUAGAUGAAAUGAUUGAGAGGGGUGUUAGCCCGGAUUUGUGGAGUUACAAUGCAAUCCAAGCUUUCCAUUGUGAUCACUGUGAAGUUAAUAAGGCUCUUAGGUUGAUUUCUAGGAUGGAGAAAGAGAAUUGCAUGCCGGAUCGGCAUACUUACAAUAUGGUGCUCAAAAUGCUAUUGAGAGUAGGAAGAUUUGAUAGGGUAACCGAUGUUUGGGGGGGUAUGGAGGAGAGGGGCUUUUAUCCUGCAGCCUCAACAUAUGCUGUUAUGGUCCAUGGUUUUUGUAAGAAAAAAGGUAAACUAGAGGAGGCAUGCAAAUACUUUGAGAUGAUGAUUGAUGAUGGGAUACCACCAUAUUCUUGUACUGUUGAGCUGUUAAGAAACCGAGUCAUAGGGUUAGGGUUCUCAGAGCAGAUAGAUGUACUUGCAGGUAAGAUGGAGCGGAGCACCUCUUGUGUAAUACAAGAGUUGUCUAGUGUAAUGAGAGGUGAAAAGGCCUCUGGAAGAUUAAGAAGUGAAGAGCAAAACCUUCCUAGUGAGGAAAGAGGAGAGGGCUAUGAAUAUACUUGGUUGACUGAAGGAUCUAGUUUGAGCCGUUAGUUUGUUUCUGCUUUCACUGUGAUUCAUCAAAGCCAUCAUGUCUUGGAGAACACUCUGAUCUGUUUUGUAGGCACAAGGCUGGUAUAUUUAUGUGGCCUUGGAUCCUUUCUCUGGUCAAGGGUAAUAACAGUGAUAAGAAAUCAAGGCAAAUGAUUAAGCUGAAAGUGAGAUGCAACAAUGUGGUUUCUCCAAUGGCUUUAGAUGCUCAACAGUGAAGAAAGGCAGAAUCCAAAGAACGUUGGCAAGGAUCCGGAUAAAAUUCAUCGGUUUCAGCUGACUUUACAUGUGAAGACGCUUGUGCUAUUUCUUAGCAGGAUUAUGUAUGUUCCAAUUCAAUUGCAUCUAUUUGUAUUCAAGUUGGUUAAAGCCAUAAGACUACCUGCUCAUUCUCGAAGUGCAGUGUUUGGACUCCAACAAAGUUGCAUCUCAUAUUUGUUACCUGUUCAUGGAAUAGAGCAUUACUAUUGAGGUAUGUUCUUGUAGGUCUUUGGUUGAAGGUGGUAGACCAGGAAAUGGUCUCCCCAGAAUUCUUCUUUGUAAUUUUUUUCUAACAAGCAAUCAUAAGUAGUUUUAGAUGUGGCCAUGACAAGCUACUGGUAAAACAUCUCCUUGAUGAAUCUAUCCUCUUGAAGAGGUUCAAUGACUUCACUUGAUGAACC